UGUGUAUGUGUCUGUGUGUGGCAGGAGGAGGCGGUCUUGAACCUCAGACCUGGACUCCCCCUGUUUCUCCUCCUGGUCCUUGUCCUGGUCCUGGUCUUCCCGUCAAACGUCUCUUAUCUGGGGAAAUGUCAGCCUUCAGCUCGGACCAGCUCCUCAUCGGAGAGCCGGACCGAACCGGAGCCGAGCAACACGGGGAGGCCGGGAUCCUGCAGCCGCAGACCGUGUUCGUCAUCCUGGACUCGGCUGAAACCCUCAAUCUGGUCCGGGUGGAGUCUGGGAUCGUCGCUGACAUCGAGGUCGACAGUUUGCUGCCGUCAGGCUGUGACACUUUCUACCAGAUCAAGAGUCAGCCAAUCAGCAUGAGUACCUCAGAUGCAAAUUGCUGUUCUUCAUCAUCAUCAUCAUCCUCACUGCCCUCAGUGAUGUCAUCCAGGGUGUUGCUGCGUCAGGACCUGAUGCGUCAGCAGGCUCUAGAGGAGGAGCAGAAGGAGGCACAGCAGCAGCUCCGCUCAGCAGACUCCUCCUCCUCAUUGCCUGUCUCAGUAGGCGUGUCCUCCAACUCCAGACCUCCUGCUCAGGUUCCUGUGGAGGUGCUGAAGGUGCAGACUCACCUGGAGAACCCGACCAGGUAUCACAUCGAGCAGGCACAGAGGCAGCAGGUGCGUCAGUAUCUCUCAGCCAAUCAGAGACCAGCUGCUCUCUCAUCAAGCCACUCCCCCCACCUGAGCUCCACCCCCGGGCUGAAACCAGUGGAUGGCAAACAGGAAAUGGAAGAGACCGUCAUUGAUGACAUCAUCAGUUUGGAAUCCAGCCUCAACGACAAGUUUCUGACGCUGAUGGAUUCUGAACUUCAGAUCGCAAACACGUUGCCAGUGUCUGGUGCCAUGUUGGAUGUUUAUGGCGGCAGUGGUGGGAUGGCCACGCCCACCAUCACUGUUAGUAACAGCUGCCCGGCAGAGUUGCACACGGUCAAGACGGAGCUGUACGAGGUGGAGACCAAAUCUCUGAUCAAAGAGAGACAGAAGAAGGACAAUCACAACCUCAUUGAGAGGAGGAGGAGAUUCAACAUCAACGACCGCAUCAAAGAGCUCGGAGCUCUGGUGCCCAAAUCUACAGAGCUGGAGACGCGCUGGAACAAAGGAACCAUCCUGAAGGCGUCGGUGGAUUACAUCAGAAAGCUGCAGAAGGAUCAGCACCGAGUGCGAGACAUGGAGGAGCGUCAGAGGAGGCUGGAGAGCACCAACCACUCACUCAUGCUGCGCCUUCAGGAGCUGGAGUGUCAGGCUAAUCUCCACGGCCUCUCCUCCUGCUCCUCCUCUUCCUCUCCUGCCCCCGCCUCUUCCUCCUCCUCUUCCUCCGCUCUGCUCUCCCCCUCUCUUCCUCUCCCUUUCUCCUCCUCCUCCCCCUCCUCAUCCCUGGUCACGCCCUCUCUGGAUCUGGACGUGCUGAGCUUCGCGGAGCUGGACGAGCCUCAGGCGUCGGCGUCCGUCUUCUCGCCGGACCUGAUGUGUGUGGGUGUGUCAGAGCUGACAGCGCUGCACGGACUGAACCACCUGCUGAUGGAGGAGGGGGGAGGAGGGGAGGGCUGUGACCCGCUGCUGUCCUGCGGAGUGUCCAAGAGCAGCAGCAGGAGGAGCAGCUUCAGCAUGGACGAGGACCUCUGAUGACGUCAUCACUCACACACAUCUGAUUGGCCAGAGCUGGAGGCGGGACAUCGACCAACUGGGAUAUUUUUUAAAUUUUUUGUAUAGAAAUAUUUUUCAAAGAUCAUAGAACAUCAUUGUAACCAUGGAAACCUGUUAUACUUCCUCCAGUGUAACCAUGGCAACCGUCAUGUUGUCUCAUUUUCAUCUUGAUUGAAAACGGGUUUUCAGUAGCGUCAGUGUUAGCAGCUGUUUAUUUACUCAGCUAACAUGCUAACAGCUAGCCCUCAUCUGUGACGUCACAGCAGGUUACCAUGACAACCAGAAAUCCUGCUGUUACUUUGUACUCUGUUGGAGGUGAAAAUGUAACUGAAACCUUCAUCAUCAUCAUCACUAUCACUGUCAAACCUCAGUUUUUGUCCAAUCAGAGCAAAGAAACUUCUCACUCAAACACUUACACACACAACACAGUGAUGACGUCAUCACAGUGACCUCGUCACAGCAACAGUGUGACGUUAUCACAGUGUGAGAGUGUUAAUGAAGCUCUGGAUGACAUCAUCUUCAGGAAGUGAUGGCAUCAUCUUCAGGAAGUGAUUUCACACUUGAGUCUUAUUAACAUAGCAACAGUCAUAAGAAGGGAAUCAUUAAUGUUUAAUGUUCAUGUUAGUGUUUUUUUAUAGAUCAAACUUUUAUAGAGAAAUAAAAUCAGUGAAGAUCUGA